CUCUUCCUCAGACAACAGCUCUCACAGGAGGCUCUCUUGUACUGAAGUGCACAUCUCAUUUUUACCACUAAUUCUCGCGAGUGGCCUUUUCUCUGAGUGGAACUGCACGAGUGGAUCACGGAGCAAAGACCAUGGAAUUUGUCGUCGUGAGUUGCUAUGAUGCCAAGGCGGAGGGGGAGCUUUCUCUCCAGAUUGGGGAUAUCAUCAGGAUUUCGAAGUGCACUGACGAGGAAGGAUGGUGGGAAGGAGAAUUAAACGGGAAAUGGGGCCGUUUCCCAAGGAUAUUUGUUGAGGAAGUGCCGUCUCAGCCAGUUACCGACGGGAAACCCCUACAACCUCGUUUUCUUCGUAGGAAGCAUGUGGUGAAGAAGAAGCUGAGACUGUGCGAGGUGGUCAUUUCAUACAGCCCCGUGAGACCAGAACACUUGGAGCUCAGCGAGGGAGAAGUCAUUGAGGUCCUCAGAGAGGUUGAAAGUGGUUGGUGGCUGGGAAGAAAGAACGGAAAGACUGGGCGUUUCCCAUCCAAUUUUGUUGUGGAAAUCGACCACGCGGACGGUUCCAGCAGGAAAAGUCAAGAAGGGCCAAGUUCAGACCUCUAUGUAAACCUUCCACUGGAUUCGGAAAAAAUGAUGGCCAGCAGGACGGCAGAAAGAUCAAAGGAAUCAGCUUUUAGAUCGGCACAUCCCCAAGAAAAAGAUGGAUGCGUUGAAGAAAAUGGACAGCAGACAGCCAAGGAAUACUACGAGGCCAUGUCUGACUACAAUGCAAGUGCCGAGGAUGAACUCAGUCUGCACAAAGGAGAUGUCAUCCUCGUGUUGGAAAAGGACACAGGGGAAGACGGCUGGUGGGAAGGCUACCUAGAUGGAAAAGAGGGACUAUUCCCUGAAAACUUCGUGGUCCCUUAUGAAGGUACAAGCACGGAGCAAAAGGAACUAUCACCAGGAGACACGAUGGUUGCAGAAAUCUUGAAUCGCAUGACAUGGUGGAAUAAUGCCAUAUACAAUUCAGCAAAGGAGUACUACAAGGCAGCAUCUGACUACGUUGCAGGAACUGAGGAUGAACUGAGUCUACACGAAGGAGAUGUCAUCCUAGUGUUAGAGAAGGACACAGGAGAAGCCGGCUGGUGGGAAGCAUGUGUGAAUGGACAACAGGGACUUAUCCCAGACAGGCUCGUGGUCCCUCAUGCAGGUACAGAAGAGGUGAAAGAGGAGCUUCUGCCAGGAGAUGUGAUGGAUGCAGGUAUCUAUGAGAAGAACGAGCCCAGGACUGGAGGGUCAGAGUCUGCCGUCAAGCACAACCUGAUGCCUCCCAAAAAGGUUCCACCUCCUGUGAAGGUGAAGCCACUGUUAACAAGCCUGUCUAAUAAAGUCGGUGGGGAACAGGUGUCGACUCCUCGGGAACUCAGCAAACCAGCCAGAGAAAGGAGCAGUGAUUCAGAAUCUCUGACGUUUGACACAGUGGUACCAUCUGCAGGGACACUGAGGCACUUGACGGCAGACAGACCCAGGGCCCAGGGGCGAAGACCACCCACUCACCUCAGAGCUACAGCUGCUCAGAAUGCCAAGGGGUCAGUGUCACCACCAGUACCAGCUAAAGUCAAGCCUCCAACUGUCCAGCUGUUUGAGCCUCCAUCAGUCAAAAGGCAUCAGUCGACUGCAGGAAGAGCAGGCCCUGUUCCGGCUAGUUCACCAAACAAAACACAGAGAUAUGAAGAAAGGGAGGACACGGUGGAUUCUGUUACAGGCCUGCAAGAGGAACUAAGACGGCUGAAGCUAUCCAUCAACCUGCUAAAGAAUCAGCAUUCGAGAGAUGUAAUUGACAUAAAAGAAGAGAUUGCAGAGGAGCGAAUCAAAUGGAAUACACUGCAGAUGGAGGUUGAAAACCUGAGAAAAUUGGUGACAUCCCUGCCAGAGCACUAACCUCGAUCAAACCUUCCCUCUCUCUCCUCUGCUGGAUAAAGGGCACAUGUCCAGCACCUGAGAAGCCAAUACCAGACUCUUACCCGUGUUACAUUAUCCACCAGUACUGGGAGUCUCACAAACCUGAAUC